GCCGGCGGUGAGGCGAUCAGCCAGAGCCUUCUCAGGCGAGCUGCGAUGCAACAAACUGAACAAGCUGCUGCGGAGCAAAGAGAUGUAUACAGUCUUUUAAAAACACUUUAAGAGUAGCUAAAUCUACACUCGCGAUACAAAAAAGUACUUUAUUUCAUAUUUGUGAAGUUCAGCAGUGCCAAACAGGCUACCUGGCGUGAGAAACCUGCGAAACCUGAAACGACAACUUCAUGACAAGACUGCAAAACAGAAGAAGAGGCGAAAGCUGUCAACCCAUGAAGAGUUUCCUGCCCUCACUCUAUUCUUUGGAGGAGCUUUGUUUCUGAAAGCUGUGAGCGCACACGUCUCAACAACAGGUUGCAUGACAAGCUGGAUUUGAUGCAUGAUGUUUGCAUGACCCCAUUCAGCACCUGUGUGGGGUUGAGAGUGACCGAUUGCAGCCAUGGCCCAAACUAUGCAGCUUAAUGGGAACACCACAGAAAAAGAUGAAGAGGACAAGGACUCUGUGGCCCCCUAUUAUUUGGAAACCCCGUAUGGUUAUCAGCUAGACCUGGACUUCCUCAAGUAUGUGGAUGACAUAGAAAGGGGAAACACCAUCAAGAAGCUGAAUAUUCAGAGGAAACCCAAAGUGGCCAGAUGUGUACCUCCUCAUCAGAGUGGUGGUCAUACUGAGUGGACUUCUACCGACUCUUUAUCCUCCUCCAACAGUGAUGAAAGCAAGCAGUCACCAGUCUAUUUUACAACUCGGCACCAGCUAGCCUCCCUGGGCCAUACUGCCCAAGUCCAUGAGCAACCCCAGGCCUUUGUGAAUGUUCUUGAGGCCAAGCAGCAGCAGCUGCUGCCGCCACCCUCACCGCGCCUCCCACGCCAUAACCCACAGGUGGAGAAAACACUAAUGGAGACUCGGAGGCGGCUGGAACAGGAGCGGCUACUCAUGCAGCCACCAGCGAGUGAGCCACCCCGGAGGCGCCUGGCCAGCUUUGGGGGAAUGGGCUCCAGCAGCUCCCUGUCAUCAUAUGGUGGCUCGUAUGGGCCAAGCCAGAUCUCACCUAAUUCAAAUAGCCUGCAGCAUAAUGGACACCUGCCCAAUGGCGAAUACAAUAUCUAUGUAACCUCCUCCAUGGGCAGCUCCAUACGUCACAGCCCACUUAGCUCGGGUAUGACCACACCAGUGACCAACAUCAGCCCUUUGCACCUACAGAACAUCCGAGACCAGAUGGUGAUAGCUCUAAAACGACUUAAAGAGCUUGAAGAGCAGGUGAAGACCAUCCCAAUCCUUCAAGUUAAAAUCUCAGUCUUGCAGGAAGAAAAGAGGCAGCUGGUGUCGCAGUUGAAGAACCCAAAACUUGCUGGGCAAGGUCAGCCUGGGAGCUUUCGCAAGCGGUCAUAUAGUGUAGGCAGUGCCGACCAGUAUGAGCCAAUGGCCCAGCUUCAGUCAGGCUCUGACUUACACAUUGACGAGUCAGAAAACGUGGAACAGAGCUCCCAAAGGCUGCAGGAGUUCCGACAGCUGACGGCUGAGGUGCAAGCUUUGGAGAAGAAGAUCCAGGAUAGCAGCGAAGAGCCAGAGCGUGGCUUAAACCAAAUGCAGCACAGCACAAACCAAAAUGCCUUUCAAAAGCAGUGGAGCCGUGAAAGCAAGUCUAUUGGUGUUGGUGCAGAUGAGAACAUGAAUGAUGUGGUAAUCUACAGAAGGUCACCAGGCUGGAGCAAGGAUGUCGCUAUAGGGACUGAGCAUGAGACAAGGAGCACAGGAGUUGGGGUAACUGAGGCCAUGCUGGGCAUGAGUACUGAGGCUGAGGCUGAAAUAGAGUUGCAGCACCAGACCAUCGAGGCCCUAAAGGAGAAGAUUUACAGACUGGAGGUGCAGCUAAAGGAGACCACACAUGAGAUGGAGAUGGGCAAGCUCAAGCUGGAGCUCCAGGUGGCUGGCUCAAGGAAGAAAGCAGACAAGGGUUCAAUGGCAAGGCCUGAGAUGUACAGCACUUCAGUGGAGGCCAGGGUCUCCACACGGAGUCAAGGGGUGGGGAACCAUGCUGAAUUUAGUGACAUCAGCACGGGUCACGUUACACAAACACAUACAGUAGGUGUCUCCUGUAGACCAGACUCAAGCCAUGUUGCUGUGGGUCCAGAGUUGCCCAUGGAGAGGUGGGUUGUACAAGAACGUGUAGAGGUGCAAGAUCAGUGUGUCGGAAAAGAAGUUAUAUUGUGCCACCAGAAGGUUGGGGUGGAAGUAAGUACGUGUGAGAUGGCAGUCAACACUGAGUUGACAGUGGAAAGUUUAGGACUUUGCAAGACAGAACCUGAACAGGCAAAGGAGUUUAGGUCCCUUGGAUGUGGAGAUUGCUCAGUGGAUGUAUUGGUCAGUCCCAUUAAGGAGCUUUUGUCCCAGGGCACAACAACUGACAUGGUGAGUAAAAUAGACUCCGCUGUUAUGGUUUUGCCCUCAGUGCAUUCUCAGCAUACGAACACAGAAGUUAUGACUGUAGGUAAGUUUACCAACACUGAGAGUGCCAUCCUCGUUGAUUCCUGCAUCAACACUCAACCAGACUUGAAAGACAAGCAAACCAGCACUGUACCAUUGGAGACUCGCACCGUUGCUGUUGGUGAAGGUCUUGUAAAAGACAUCCAGGCAACAGUGAAGACUCGAUCUAUUGCAGUGGGUACCACAGCAUCUGAGGACACUACUGAGAAGAUGACUUCUUCUAAAACCAAAGAGAGUGGCGUUGGGAAUGCUAGAAUACAUGAGAACUUUUUGGUGGGUCUCAAGACACGAAAUAUAGCAUGUGGCCCCUCUCAACCCCUUAAUCAAGUGCAGGAUAGGAGUAAGGCAAUGAGACAAAUGGUAGCACCAGAAGGUGUGCAGUUGCAGGCCAAGGCUGGAAGUGGGGUUAGCUUGGACCACUACAUAGAGAGAGUGCAGAAGCUCUUGCAGGAGCAACAGAUGUUGCUGGCUGAGAACUACAGCGAGCUGGCAGAUGCCUUCGGCCCACCUCAGCAGUCCCAGUUCAGCACGAUCAACAGUGAGUUGGUGACCACCCUGUCAUCCAUCAACUCUGUAAUGAAGUAUGGCAGCGUCGAGGAGCUCCACAAUUUGGACCUCCACAAGCUGCAAACAGACUCUGGCAAUGUCAGAAAAGAUAUACAGACUGCAAGCUCCCACCUGGUUAGUACGAGGACCGAGGUCACUCAUACUAAGAGCAUGCGUGCCGAGGACCCUGCGACCCUCGAGCAGAACAUGGCUGCACAGAAGAUACGCAUGGACGAGCAGAUGUCCACUGCUCUACACGGUGGUCAGAGCGCCCUGAAAUCCAUUAUGAAGAAGAAAGAUGGCCGCCAGGGGACCAACGGCACCAAAAAGAACCUGCAGUUUGUUGGCGUAAAUGGAGGGUAUGAGACAACGUCAAGUGAUGACUCCAGCUCUGAGGAGAGCAGUUCUUCAGGCUCGGAGGAGGAGGAAGAAGAGAAGGAAAGAGUGGGGAGUGUAAAGGAGAAGAUAAAGGAGGAGUUCAGUAAUGAGGGAGCAGUGGAUGUGGAGAGGGAUGUGGAAGAUUUGGGUCAGGACAAGCAGGAGACCAGAGAGAGAUAUGAGUUAAGUGAGAAGAUGCUGUCUGCAUGCAAUGUUCUCAAGGCCCACCUGAGUGACCCCAAGGCUUUAUCCAGCAAAGAUGUGAGGACGUGCAUGAACACGGUGCAACACGAGUGGUUCCGCGUGUCCAGUCAGAAGACGGCGGUGGCAGCCAUGGUAGAAGAUUACCUGAAUGCUUUCCGGAACAUCUCGCCUGCCCUGCUGCAGCAUGUGGUUAACAUGGCUGAUGGCAAUGGCAACACGGCCCUCCACUACAGUGUCUCCCAUUCCAACUUCCACAUCGUCAAGAAGCUGCUAGACGCAGACGUCUGCAACGUCAAUCAGCAGAACAAGGCAGGCUACACUCCCAUCAUGCUAGCCGCGUUAGCUGCUGUUGAGGCUCCUAAAGACAUGAGGGUGGUGGAGGAGCUGUUCAGCAAAGGGGACGUCAACGCAAAAGCAAGCCAGGCUGGUCAGACAGGGCUGAUGCUGGCGGUCAGCCACGGGCGGAUGGACAUGGUGAAGGCCCUUCUGGCCUGCGGUGCCGAUGUAAACAUCCAGGACGAUGAGGGCUCCACGGCUCUCAUGUGCGCCAGCGAGCACGGCCAUGUGGAGAUUGUCAAACUGCUGCUGGCCCAGCCAGGUUGCGACGCCACACUCAGUGACAAUGAUGAAAGUACUGCUUUGUCCAUUGCUCUGGAAGCUGGACACAAAGACAUUGCAGUGUUGCUGUAUGCCCAUGUCAACUUUUCCAAAGCGCAGUCACCAGGAACCCCUCGGCUUGGCAGGAAGACUUCACCCAGUCCUACCAGGCGGGGCAUGUUUGAUUAGAGAAGCCGUGCACCUCCCUCACCCUUUCACUGCUGCUAUUCCUUAUGGUUCAUUUGUGCCUAGUGUUUAUUUUCUGCGAUCCUCCAAACCCCAGCAAAGAACUCAAACAGAUGCCUUUUGUAUUCAGCACUUUUUCUGACUUCAGUUCAGCAUGUCUCUCAAGAUUUAAGAGGACUUGUCAGCUAGGAGCGAGUUCCAUAAUACACUUUUUUGUGCCUGAAAUCACCAGCAAGUGCUACAUGUAGAGGAAAUGUCUGCUACAACAACUUUGGAAUUGACAUCAACUGGAAUUUUUAAUGGAGCAAACUUCAAUUCAAGUAAAAUUAAUGUAGAUAUUGAAGGUUAUAAUAUAUAUCCAUGUUCUCUUUCUUCCACUGUCUAAUUUGUAUCUACUGGCGCCUUUUGUUUUUAAUCAUAAAUCAAUUCUAAGAUAUGGCCGACGUUGCCUGAACUCAAGCUUUAUAUUUUAACCCUGUAUAUACGACUCGGUUUUGCAGCCUAGAGGGUGUAAAUCGAUUUUCUUCUGUCAGAGUCCUGGUAGACAUAUGCAAUGGAUAUGAGAGGUUGGAUUACAAAAUUUUAAACAUUACAUUAUAUAUCUAGAUUGGACACGGUCCUUACUUUUAUACAUGCCAUUUUUAUUUAAUCACAGUAUUUUGGAUAUUUACUAUUACGUCCUAACAGAACACAGAAGUUAAAUAUUUAUCAAUUAAAAAGUUUUUAUUACAGAUAAUUGUAUUUUCAUUAUAUGUAAAUGUUUACAAUACAUGGACAUGUAGAUUGGAGUACCCUUCGCCUGGUAAAUAAACUUCUAUCAUAGACUUUACGUGGUACUUUUCUCCGAAAAUCAUUGUUCAAAAUUCCUGACUUUCCCGUUAAUAAACUUUACUAAAGUA